AAAGGACUGUUAACAAUUGAAUAGACCACAUCAAGUGGUUCCACCGCAUGUGUUCUAAUGUUACCUGUUAAAGCACGCUUUUAUCUGCCACUAAAUCUUUCUAAGUCAUGUAUGAACGCCCUUUCUUUUAAAGAUAUUCCUAUCAAAUUGAAAGCACGUGUUGUAUGAAAUAUCGAAGAAUAGAAUAUGUUUCUAAUUUUAAUAGUUUGCUAAUGGCUUUUAAGAUAAACCAAUUUGACAGACAUAACUUGGCUAAUUAGCUACAUUCACGGUACCAGAACAACAUGUUAAUUACACAGCAUUCCGCUUAUUGUUUUAACACUUGUUUGAAACGCAUAGAAGUUAGUACUGUUUUACUUUAACACUGCGAAAGCGUUACAGGAGAUCUACAAAGAAACGAGAACUAUACAAAGCCUUCAGUUCAGGAUACAGUAACAACUGUUCCUGGGCGCAGCAUAUACCUAAGAGCACUUACAACACUGAAAACUUGGAGAUAAUUAGAUUCUUUUCGAAGAGGGUCAACAACAACACAAGCCAACUUGAUAUUUUCGUGGCUGGAUAUUUUAGCGGUAAAAAUGAGUAAUGAUCGAUCAGUGAUCCACAAGGUGCCAGUUUAUUCAAUUGAAGGACUACUAGGUCUUAAGGAUGAAAGUCCCUCGACGCAAGAUAAGUUAUCUGAAACAGUAAUCCAAAAGACUGCUUUAACUGAAAUGAAAGACGCUCCAUCUGCAGUAUCAUCAGGAGAAUCGGAAAAAUUACGAAAGGGCUGCACGGACGAGAAAUUAAUAAAAGAGAAGCAAAGUGUAAAUAAUAUCAAUGAAAGUGUAGUGAAGAGACAUUUUAGUGACGAGCAAGACAGCAGUGGUAUCAGCCAGAGAAAACAACGAAGAUAUCGAACAACGUUCACAAGUUAUCAAUUAGAAGAAUUAGAACGGGCUUUUGCUAAAACUCAUUAUCCAGAUGUUUUCACACGUGAGGCAUUGGCCAUGAAAAUUGAUCUUACCGAAGCACGCGUACAGGUGUGGUUCCAAAAUAGACGUGCAAAAUGGCGAAAAAGAGAAAAAUCUCAAGGAUUGCGAGCCCAUGCUUCCAUGAGUAACUUGGGAUCAAAAGAAAUAAUAUCUCGCAAUACCACUUUAGAUAUCCCUACGGCAACACCAGAGGAAACAUUUCCUAAAUGGCUCAGAUUCUCACAUCAACCUAUACAUCCAGCAUUGACCAUACCUUAUCCUGUUACCCCAGUUAUACCUCAGUACCACCACACACUUUAUUAUAACCACCUAGAUUACCUCGCAUCACCCUGCCCAUCCUCAUCACCUCCACAUAUAUCACCUGCUAUACCGAUACAACAAGACUGUCGCACUGACAGUAUUGCAACACUAAGGAGAAGAGCACAGGAACAAAAAUUAUGAGCCAAUUAUAUAUUGGGGAUUGUUGACAAACUUUAAUGACGGAUGUUAGGGAGAGUUAUAUAGAAAUGGGUGAUUCACCGGUGAUGCUCACCGAAAUAUUAUACACUUAAUGUAUGCUCCGGAGGGAAAUAAUGAGUUUUGUUUCCCUAAGAGUCUGAAUGUUUCCCAGGACGAAGUCGAGGGACGAGACUCGAGGGAAAACAAAACUCGAUCACUAUUUCCCGAGGUAGUGUAUAUUAAGUGCUUUGUUAUAUAGGAACAAAAACAUACAUGGUACAACAAAUUCAUUUAAGAAAAAACACUUUACUUUGUUAUGACAAGAAGCGGGCAACAAUUAUUCACUUAAAACAUUGCAUUUAUAGCCACGGGACUACGAAUGAACCAAUCACAUUUAAAAUACACAGCACCUAUAUAACAAUGACACUUAAUUAAAGGUAUGCUCCUAGGAUCUUAUGGUCAUGUUUAGUACUGCAUUACCAGCAGUCUGAAUUACUGAAUAGGUAUGUAAUACUUGUGUUUUGAUAAAAGCAUGUUCGACGUCUGUAUUACAGCACCGGAACAAUUACAGAAGUGAACCUUUUGUGCCAUUGAUUAUCAGAUAGGUUUAUUUAAAAUACCAAGUAUUAACAUGACGUUAUCUGACGGACCUCAGUGUUUGUACAAUCAUAUCCAGGCAUCUCAACAAUGUCUGCGAGCAAGAAGAAUGUUAAAUUACAUUUCUUGAGUCCUAUUUAUUCUUUAAAAACUCAAUUUCAUUUUUCAGUGAUACAAAUCAUUUUCAUGCGAUAUCGUAAUUCCUUGCAUUUCCUUUGUAAUUUGUUGUAACUUGUCAGAAUUUACAUAACAUGAAUUACGACAUACGAACUGAAGGAAUCACAGAAUUCUGACUCUUUGUUGCACUUUCGUGAGCCCAGCUUUCCAGUUUUCACUCAUCAGAGACGGAAAUUUCGGUAGCGCCCAGGCGAUAAAAAAUUGGGGUUCACUCUCGGUCACUUUUAAAAUUUGCCGGAAGUUUGGUUUGUCCCCUACCUCCUGAACUAAAUUUUCGCCACUGUUGAACACGAUUUAUCAUAAGAAUAACUAACAUAUUUCAUUGUAUGGUCUCAAAUGUAAAGUAUCACGAUUUUUUUAGUCAAUGUAAUUAAACUAAUUACAUAGGGGUAUAUAAAAUAAAUGCACUUAAUUGUAAUAUAUAUAAACACG